AUGCUGUCCAGAGCUGCCCGCCCGGCCCUGAGAGCUGGAGCCGCCGUCUCGUCCCGAGCGGCUGCUCCCGGCGCGGCCACCUUCGCGACUCUCCGUGAAAUCGAGACCCGCCUCAAGUCGAUUCGCAACAUCGAGAAGAUCACCAACACCAUGAAGAUUGUGGCCUCGACCAAGCUCAACCGCGCCCAGCGUGCCAUGACCGAGUCCCGCGGCUACGGUGCCACCAGCAACGAGGUCUUCACCAACGCCGAGACCAAGCCCCUCGAGGCUGAGGGCAAGAAGAAGCUCGUCGUCGUCUGCUCCUCCGACAAGGGUCUUUGCGGUGGUGUCCACUCCGGUCUUGCGCGCUUCAUCCGUCGCCGCUCCGCCACCGAGCCCGAGUUCGACAUCGUCAUCAUCGGCGAGAAGGCCAAGGCCCAGCUGUCCCGUACCAACAGCAAGGACAUCGUCCUCAACUUCUCCGGUGUUGGCAAGGACAUCCCCACCUUCGCCGAGGCCUCUGCCAUCGCCGACCAGAUCACCCAGCUCAAGGGCGACUACGCUUCCGUUGAGAUUGUCUACAACAAGUUCAUCAACGCCACCUCCUACGAGCCCACCGUCAUUGAGGCAUUUUCCGAGGAGGCCAUCCUCGCUUCCCCCAACUUCUCCGCUUUCGAGGUUGAUGAGGAGGUCCUCCCCAACCUCCGCGAGUAUGCCCUUGCCAACUCCCUCUACCACGCUCUCUGCGAGGGUCACGCCUGCGAGAUCUCUGCCCGUCGCAACGCCAUGGACAACGCUUCCAAGAACGCCGGCGAGAUGAUCAGCAAGUACCAGAUUCUCUUCAACCGUACCCGCCAGGCCGUCAUUACCGGCGAGUUGGUCGAAAUUAUCACUGGUGCCACCGCUUCGGCCGAUAUGUAA